CCCAUGUGCUUAAACACAUUUGAUUGUGAAUUUAAAACCGAUUUGCUUAACGCGUUCGUAAAACAUCGCAUCAGAAAAACAAAUUCAACGAAAUUAGUUUCAAAUUGAUUUUCAAACAAAAUACUGUGUUGCUAUUUUUUGUGUUGGUUUGAAGAAGAAACGGCAAAGGAAAUAUUGAACGGAAUCCGAAAAGAUACAAUCAAGAAUGAACUGAGGAGCGACCACCGAAAAAUAUAAUUGGGUGAAGAGCAUACACACACAAAAAAGAGAUUUAAACGAACCGACGAAAAAAAUUCAGAGCACAUAGCGAACACAUUUUGGCUUGAAUUUCAGAAUCGAACGAAAAUUGAAAAGAGCGCGACGAAAAAUUGGAGAACAAACGAUAAAUAACACACUAGGCGAAUAAAAACAACGCUGGCAUAAGAAAAAUAAGAGAGAGAGAGAGAGAGAGAGAGAGAGAGAGAGAGAGAGCAGAAGCAUCCAUAGCAGCAGUAAAAAACACAAGCAUAUCGGUGUCACACAUUGCAUUCAGCUGAAAACUUUUGGUUGCUCGUUUUUGUGUUUGUUGUUUUUUUUUUUUUUUUUUUGGAGUUCUUCGCUCGAGGUCCCGGUGUGGAAGUUUACCUCAUUUUGUUGCGCCAUCAUUUUGUGCAAGCAAUUCUAGCUAUCCUGAAGAAAAUCGUCGACGGCAGCACAGCAGUGACACUAGCAGAAUGAACAAUCGAUUUGAUAUAGAAUCGUUGGCCAAAUUGUUUCAACCAUCGCUUUGGUCGGAACGUUAUCCAACAUCGGAACAAGUCUUGAGUGCGCACAUUGCUUUUUCGAAAAGUGAAAGUGAUCGAAUAAGAAGUAAAAUCUCAUUCGAGACAGUAAAAUACGGAGAAAGAUUUACGAAUGAAACAUUCGAUAUUUAUGGCAUUGAUUUACCCAAAGAUGCUCCUGUUUUUGUUUAUAUCCAUGGUGGCUACUGGCAGGCAUUAGACAAAACGGUUAGUGCAUAUGUGGUGGAACCAUUGUAUAAAGCCGGACACAAAGUGAUUGUGCUGGAUUACGACAUUUGCCCAAAUGUUACAUUGGAACAAUUGGUUGAUCAAAUCCAUCGAGCUGGUAUUUCGAUCGUAAAUUAUGCGAAGUCCAUUGGAACAAGAUGUGUACAGAUAGGUGGUCAUUCGGCUGGUGGUCAUUUGGCCGCAUGCUUGUAUGAUAAUCUCGUGCAACAAUCACCGUCGUUGACAUCCAUUGUAAAAUCAUUGUACUUGAUAUCCGGUGUGUACGAUAUUUGCGAGCUUCGAUACAUGCCAACGGUCAAUCCGAAUAAUAUUUUGUCGCUUGAUGAAAACAAUGUAUUACGCCUGUCACCGAUCCUAUUUGACUUCGAUAAAUGGAUUACAGUGGCAGCAUCAGAAGGAAACAGUGUAACAGCGAUUCACAUGUAUGUUGGUUCAAAGGAUGCACCAAAAUUGGUAGGCCAAUCGUAUUGCAUAGAACGGAUACUCGCGCAUUAUUUGUAUCCAAAGUUUCGUUUAAUUAUGAUAGAAACCACCGAUCAUUUUGACAUUGUUGAGAAUUUAUCCCAAGCCAAUUUUUUAAUAACAAAAGACAUAAUCAACGAAGCGAAAACCUUUUUUCCCUCAACACCCGCUGUGGAAAAAAGUCUGAAAAUGGUUGAUACAUAAUCGUGAGCUUUUUUUAAAAAAAUUCAGCCUCAAUUUAUAUGUUCCAAAAUAUUAAUUUCAAUGCAAUUAAAAAAAAUAUCAUA